CUCAACCCCAGGCAACAUUUCUCAACAUAUCGUUCCAAUCUCCGCGUGUCUAACACAGAGAUUAUCCAAUUGACUCAAACUCCAUUUCAUCUCGUUUCACAUACACAAUCGCUGAAAUGAGCCUCAAGCGCAAAGCUGCUGAGGCCGCGACCGACGCGACAAAGAAGCCCAAGCCAAAUGGCAGCAUCACAGCCUUCUUUGGCGCGCCAAAACCUUCACCAAACGCUAAAGCUUCCUCUGCUGCUGCUGCAAAGUUCGAUAGAGACGCGUGGGUCUCGAAGCUUACAGAAGAGCAGAAGGAGCUGCUACAAUUGGAGCUUGACACGCUUCAUGAGAGCUGGCUGCCACAUCUCAAAGAUGUGCUUGUCAACCCACAAUUCCUGGAGCUGAAGAGGUUCUUGAAAAGGGAGCUCAGUAGUGGGAAAACAGUCUUUCCACCCAUGAAGGAUGUGUACUCCUGGUCAAGACAUACUCCGCUCAACACCGUUAAAGUCGUCAUCACAGGGCAAGACCCCUACCACGGUCCCAAUCAGGCCCAUGGCCUCUCUUUCUCCGUCCGCCCUCCCACACCCGCGCCUCCAUCCCUCCAGAACAUCUACAAGGCGCUCAAGAAAGACUAUCCUGACUACCAGCCACCACCAAAGAAGGGCGGUCUGUUGACACCAUGGGCGGAUCGAGGAGUCUUGCUAUUGAACACAUGCUUGACUGUGCGUAGAGGGGAGGCCAACUCACAUCAAGGCAAGGGCUGGGAGCUGCUGACGCAGAAGGUCAUCGAUACGGUUGUGAAGGUGCGCAACAAUGGUGUGGUUUUCAUGGCAUGGGGCUCGCCGGCACAGAAGAGGACUGUUGGCAUACCAGUGGACAAGCACUUGAUCUUGAAGAGUGUGCAUCCCAGCCCGCUGAGUGCAAUGAGGGGAUUCUUCGACUGUCACCACUUUACCAAAGCGAACGAGUGGUUGGUGCAGCGUUACGGCAAGGACGGCGGCAUCGACUGGGACCUAAACGUGGAUCCGGAAGACAUUGUCGAGCCCAGCAAGACUGGUCAGCCAACGGAUCCGAAAGACAAGGCCGAGUCAAAGGACAGCGCGAAUACCAAGGAGAACGAAGCACCGCCGCAGGACACAUAUGCAGUCGCAGAGGACAAUGCCAGCGGAAAGGCCGCUGACCCUGAGGCAGAGAUUGAUUCAGAUGAGGAAGCAGCACUGCGAGAAGCUGGGCUGUGAGCGGAUUGACCCUCCACCAAGGCCAAGAUUAUUGUCACGCGCAAGGCACAGGGAGUAUCUCUAGAGGAGCUUUUUCACGCUAUCGAAGCCUUCACUACAUGUUGGAAUGACUAUUCAGACGACUCCCUUUGAGAGAGAACGUCGGGUCGCAACGUAAGCAAGAAGCGUCGGUUGUGAUUGGGGGAGCGACGAUUCAAAAGACAAGGUCAGGACCACUCGUUUGGUCUCUUCUCAACACCGAUAUUUGAGGAGUACCCAAUGUUCAUGAUAUUGGUAGCACCCAUGGGUCAGGGUUCGCUACACACAGGGGUUUCUUUUAACCUACGCUGAUAUAAAAUCUGCCUUCAAAUCUUCAACUUCCUUGACACCCGCAAAACAAUAAUACACUG